AUGUUUGAGAUUGUCCUUUUCUUUCUCAGUUGCUUCCCUUUUCUAUGUGCAACUGGAUUCCAACCUCUGCCAAGAUAUCAAGUUGUUCAGGAAGUAGUACCAUUGGUAGAUCAUAGUUGGACCUUACUACAAGCCUCACCUGAAUCAUCAGCUACUACCGAGGAGGAGGAUGGUAUUUCGGAUGCCGAAGCUCUCCUGGCGUGUUGGUCCUACCUCAAACGCCGCAAGCGGAUUGGGAAUUGGACCAACGCGGAACGGCGGAAAGCCAUCAAGGAGUCAAUCAAGGAGUCUGGCAGACCAUCAUUCUUUUGGGGAGAGGACGACUCGGAGCUGCUCAUGGAUGGUGAUGUAGAGUAUGAGGAUGAUGAAGGCGAAGAAGAGUAUUACGAUAGGAAUAUUGAUGGCGAGAACACGGAUUAUAUGGAUGGUGAGAAGGAGGUUAUCGAAAAUGAAGACGAUUUUAGUACAGAGUGGUUUGGAGAGUUCACAUCCUUUCCAACGGAACCCACUGUCACUCGGGCACGCCGGUCAUAUUCGGCCAAGCAGGUAUGGAAGGAUCCAGAGUUUCGGAAGCGGUGGCAAGAAAGUCGAUGGGGAAACAAGCUAUCCAAAGAUGACAAACAUAAAAGACUGGUAGAAAGCAGAGUGAAAAAGUUGCCACGAGAAUUUUGGGGUAGUGACGAGCUGGCGAGUAUGACAAAAGAAGAUAUCAACAUGGCAAUCGAAUCUUAUGUGAAUGGACGGAAGAAGCGAAGUGCAAACGUCAAGAAAGCAUUGCAAGAGCGAAAAAAGGCGCUCGAAUUCCCCUCGCCAGACAGUGAGGACGACCGUGUCGCUAGAAAUUCCUUGUUUGCCGCGGAUCAUGAGACUCUGAAAGAGCAACAACGUCUUCGAUCACAGAAGGCCAAAGCAAGGUAUCAAACGCGGCUGGAUAAUGAACAGAGAAAAAAAGGAGCGCUCGAACCUAAAAAACCAGCUUCAAAACGAACCUACUUGCCUAGUGGUUCGACACCACAAGAUGCAGUUAUGCGGAUUGAAUCAAAGUUGGAUGCGCAUGAGUAUCCUGCGGUCAGCGACUUGAAAAUCAUCAUGGUGCCACAAAAACUUGGCAAGCGGAGAGGCUUGUUGAAGCGAAUACUGUUGGACUUUUUCAAUCUUCGAGGAAAGUGUAUACCAAUUGAUUUGACCGAUGAAUCCAGCGACAAAGAGUUCAUCACCAAGGCUCCUAUUCAACAACUGGGAGAGUUCGCCAUAGAGCUACUAGAGAAGCGGGCUGAAGAAGAGUGA